UAAAAAAGAUUAUACUGAACUUUAUAUGUUCAAUAAAGACAUGGCUAGUAAAUUUGUGAUAGAAAAGAAUAGAGAAUUUCUGAAAGAGUAUGACAUUUGUUCAGAAACUGAUUACCAUGAUGCUAUGAGAGGAUUUUAUGCUUCUUUAGAUGGUCAAAAGAACAAUUUAAAAUUUGAUGAUCUAAUCAAGUCUAGAAAAACAAUGAGUCAGAUAAUUUCAGAAUGUCCACCUACAGAUAAUCCAUCUUACUAUAAGAGAGCUAAUAUUGAAAAUUUGGAGGGAGUAUUUGAAAUUGUUCCAAAGAAGAUUUACCAAGUCAGAGCAUUUACUCUAGAUUUAGCUAAUUUUACAGUUGUAAGAGGAAAGAAUGGAUGGAUUGUUAUUGAUUGUAUGUCAACUAUCUCAGCUUGUAAAAAAGCUUUUGAAUUGAUUCAAAAUACUGUUGAAAAUCUUCCAGUAUCAGCUAUUAUCAUUACUCAUUCCCAUGGAGAUCAUUUUGGUGGAUAUUCUGGUGUUGGAAAUGAUGAAACUCCAUUAUAUGUUCCAGAUACUUUCUUUGAUAUGAUAUUUGAUGAAAGUGUUAUGGCUGGUGGAGCUAUGAAAAGAAGAGGAGAAUUUAUGUAUGGGUCAAGACUUAGAAAUUCAUGCACAAAAGUUACUGGUAAUUCAUUAGACCGAACAUCAAUAAAUGUCAGUAUUCCUUACUCAAAACACACUACAAUUAUUAAAGAGAAUUGUACCAUUGAUAUUGAUGGAAUAAAGUUCGAUUUCAUUCUAACUCUUAACACAGAAGCACCAGCAGAUAUGAUGAUGUAUCUCCCAGAUUUUAAUGCUUUAAGUGCAGCAGAUAAUAUGAUUCAAGCAAUGCACAAUUUAUUAACUCCAAGAGGUGCUAAGGUUAGAAGUGGGAAAUUAUGGAGUCAAUGUAUUGAUGAUGUGAUUGUUAAAUAUGGAAAAGACGUCCAAAUUCAUUUUGGUGGACAUCAUUGGGCAUUGUAUGGAAAUGAAAAGAUUAUUCAUUUUUGGAAAACAAAAAGAGACUUGUAUAAGUACAUCCACGAUCAAACAUUACGUUAUGCUAAUUGUGGAUAUACACCAAAUGAAAUAGCAGAGUUUGUCAACUUACCUAAAAGUCUUUCUAAGGAAUUUUGUUGUAGAAAUCUUUAUGGUACAUUGAAUUUUAAUAUUAAGUCACAAUAUCAAUUAUAUCUUGGAUGGUAUGAUGGUAAUCCUGCACAUUUAAAUGAACUUCCUCCAAAAGAAAUAGCAAGAAAGUAUAUAAAAGCAUUUGGUGGAGAAGAAAAUACUUUAAAUAUUGGAAAGGAAGCAUUUAAUAAUGGGGAUUAUAGGUGGGCUGUAACAAUAUUAAAUCAUUUGAUAUUUUCAAAUCCAAAGAAUGAAGAAGCAAGAGAAUUAUUAGCCAAAACAUAUGACCAAUUAAGUUAUACACAAGAAUGUCUUGUUUGGAAAUAUAGUUAUGCAACAGCUGCUUUAGAAUUGAGAGAACAUCAACCUAUGGAAAUAUUAAGUAAUUGUCCUUUUUAUCAAUCACUUCCAUUACAGGCUUUUUGUAAUCUUCUUUCAGUUUCUGUUAAUCCACAGAUAAUUGAUGGAAUAGACACAUCAAUUAAUAUUAAUAUUUUUGAUACUAAUGAAAGUGUAGUAUUAGUUAUUAGUAAUUGUGUACUUCAUACAAGAUUAUCCUCAUCUGAUGCAUCUGGUUUUCUAAAAACAAAACAUGAAUUUCUUAUUAAAUUAUUUACAAAAGAAGUUACAUUAAAUCAAUUAAUUAAAGAAAAUAAAGUGGAAACAGAUUCUAUUGAUUUAUUAAAUACACUAGUUGAUUCUAUUUCCUUAGAAAAUACGAAAUUUUUCAUUGUAGAACCAAAAAUUUAA